GGCCACAAUAAGCUGCUUCAAAAGACAGGCAGAAGCACUGCAACGCCUCGAGGGAUAUAAAGGAAAAAUGCUGUCCCACUGGUGACCAACCUGCAGCUAGGCAAAGACGGGCUUUUGAGGCUGGGAGUCCACCAGAGGACUGUGCAGUUUGUAAGACCCUUCCAGGUCAGUGAACACUCACUGCUGUUGCCUUUUCGCAUUUCUCUACUUGUUCAGCUUCGGUUCGGCUUUCCUGUCUGUCCAGAAUGAGAGCUUUCCUGGUUUUGGCCUUGCUAUCGAUCCUGCUGGAAAUGUGCCAGGGAAAGCAUGUAGGACAGUUGCCAAAUGAUGGUGUUCUCACCAAGGAGAACGCGGCUUUGGAAAACCUGCCACCCCUCUUCCUGAAGCGUUUCUACGACGGCCAAUCCUAUGAUGGAUUUGUGGGAUUGAUGGGAAGGAGAAUGGCAGGUACGAAGGAAAUUCCUCCAGCUCUGAAACGGGACAUGAAUGAUUUCUUUGUUGGCCUGAUGGGAAGACGGGACAUGGAAUUUGAUACAUCAGCUGCUCUAAAUAAAGGUGCUGCUAAGAAAAAAGGAUUCUCUGCUCCCAUCAAGUGCAAGCUGGGGUCCAUUUAACCUUCGAAGGGACCAGGACCAUUCCCAGAAAGCGAUGGCUGCAUCUACCAAAGUGCACACCUUUCCAAAUCAGCCCCUAACUCUGUUCUGUACAACUGAGAAUUAAAUUGACAGUAGAUUUGCAUUUGUGUUUGAAACCUAUAUGAAUCCGUUGACUCUCUGGUUUGGUGAAUUCAGUGACAAUCUUUAUCAUUAGCCAAGGGAAUGACAGAGAAAUGUGUGAUCAAAACCAGAAAACAAUCCAGGAGCUGCCUCAUUUCUACCUAAAGCUUACACCUUGCUUUUUGUGAACUCCUGUGCCCACUCCAAAUAAAUACUCCAACUUGGCUUUUUAUUAAUUCAGUGCUAUAACUGCAGGAUGUAAUUGUUAUGAUCACUCUUCCCUGUGUCUAUGCCACUUUGCAGAUCUGUAUUGUCUUUACUUGCAGCAAGCGGUCCCCUAAUGGUGUGCUUAUCCAUCUCUGCUACUUCAACUGCUGCUGUUAACUUAACCAGAAAGUAACAAAUCCACAACAGUUCUUGUGACUUCAAGUAUAUCACCCACAGAAUGUUACCUUUCCCAUGCCAAUCAGCCUCACAGCUGCUGUUACUUGUAGAUGUUUUCUCUUCCUCAUUGUAUAGAAUAUACAUUUCAACCAAUCAUCAAGCCUCAUAGUCAUAAGGAUGUACAGCACGGAAACAGACCCUUCGGCCCAACUUGUCCAUGCUGGCCAGAUAUCCUAAAUUAAUCUAGCCCCAUUUGCCAGCAUCUGGCUCAUAUCCCUCUAAAGCCUUCCUUUACAUGUACCCAUCCAGAUGCCUUUUAAAUGCUGUAACUGUACCAGCCUCCACCACUUCCCUGGCACUCAUUCCAUACACCUACCACCCUCUGUGUGAAAAAGUGGCCCCUCUUAAAUCUUUCCCCUCUCACCUUAAACCUAUGCCCUCUACUGUUGGACUCCCCCACUCUGGGGAAAAAGACCUUGGCUAUUGACCCUAUCCAUGCCCAUCAUGGUUUUAUAAACCUCUAUAAGUCACCCUUCAGCCUCUGAUGCUCCAGGGAAAAUAGCCCCAGUCUAUUCAGCAUCUCCCUGUAGCUCAAACCAUCCAACCCCAGCAACAUCCUUGUAAAUCUUUUCUGAAUCCUUUCAAGUUUCACAACAUCCGUCCGAUAGCAAGGAGACCAGAAUUGAACACAGUAUUCCAAAAGUGGCCCUAACCAAUGUCCCGUACAGCUGCAACAUGACCCUCCCAACUCCUGUACUCAAUGCACUGAACAUUAAAGGCAAGUGUAUCAAACACCUUCCUCACUGCCUUCUCUCCCCAUCACUUCCAUUCUAGCUAAACACGGACAAUUCUGAAUGGUUUCUGCAUGGCUGUGAGGAAAAAGUCAGUUUCCAUUGGCAGUCUUGAUAAAUUGAAGCAAUCAUUUUUUUUCUAGCUGCAUGGUAAUUUAGAGUCACGUACUGCGAGUGGAAAAAUGGACCCUUUCUCAACUCAUGCAGGCCUAGCCAGUGAUGCCCAUAUCCCAUGAACGAAUAAAACUGCCACUCUACAAGUUAACCCCCAACCCCAUGACAUAUGCACAAAAUGCAGACACUAAUAGAUAUUUCUGGUGUUUGUACAGGCUGUGCAGGUGAGUUAGAUUCUGUUGCGACCCUGGCGUGACUUAUUUGUCAUUCUGGUUGUUUGGGUGUGUGAGGUAAAUACUAUCCUUGCUGCUGUUAUUGUCACUGACUGAUCUGUACUGUCCUGCAGAGCUUUAUUCCGAAAUAAGUUGCAACGUGCCAAAAGAAUAAAACGCAGCAUGCAGUUACAGAAUGCAUUUCAAGGGUGGAAUCUUUAUUAAAAUAAUCUAUUUUAAGCGAAGAAGCACAGUACAAAAAC